UGCAACCGAGCGAUCAUGAUGACUUGCAUGAUCUCACCGCCAAGUAUUGCAUCUACAAUGUCACUCAUCCAAUCAUGUGCGUUGUACAUGAUAAUGCUCACUGCAUCUGUUUUCGAAAUUGUUGGAACAUUGACUGUAUGCCGCUCGUUACAAGAAACAAACAGAGUCUACGCGAGGAGACAUACUCAAAAUAUUUAUCCUGAUUUGAGGAUGGGUAAUGAGCGCAACAUCAAUGGCUUAAACUUCUAACACAACAUAUCCCAUUCCAGCAUAGCGCACCUAGGAUGUUCUGAAGUCAGCAAAACUUGUACUUGCUAAGCAUAAUAUUGAAGCACAUGGUACAUACACUGAGAUAGAGAAAGGUCAUCAGGGACCACCGUUGCCUCUGCCGUGAACAAGUUGUAUUUUCACGUCGUUCUUGUGAUGUGGGAGUCCGCUCACCCAGAUCAGUUC